AUGUGCUACCAAGUUGUCGAGCGCUAUUCGGUCUGCCGAUGCUUAUACUACAAGCAUGCCAUCGAUCCGUGCGCCGGGCAUGGACAUCGUGGACACACAGUACAAGAGAAGACAGUUCUAGUAGGCUACGCCUGUGGCGUUCACAGCAGCCAUCGCUCUCAAGUCGCCUACGAAUCUCGCUAUUCAGGAAAUCCUUCAGAUUCUGGAUACGAGAGUGGCACGUUUUCGCUCUCGGUGCUGCGAUGA